AUGUCGGAACCUGUAAAUAAGCUUCCUUCUAAUUUUUCAGAGGAUUGGUCAUUUAAACCUGAAUUUAAAAGUGGACCUAAGGAUCUGCUACAUUUAAAUUCUUUUGCAAAUGUUCCUAGUUUACCUGUUAAUCUUCUUGAUAUUGCUAAUAUCACUGGUUUUGUGGUAGCUGCUGCAAAUUCCACCAUUCAUUUGUUUGACAAAUCCACAAUAUAUUCAGAUCCAAUUGAACCUAUAUCAACCGUAACUACAUCCAGCACUGUGACCAAUGUCUCAUUUACUGCCGAUGAAACUUCAAUUCUUGUGACAACAGUUGAAAAGGAAGUUUUGUUAUUUUCUUUUAAUAAAACAGGACUUGGCGAAGCAAAGAACUUGGACAACACUAUAGCUGAAGCUUUGGGGAUUUAUCCCCAGCCAAAGAAUCCUAAAAAAUUUGCAUUGCUUUUGGCUAACGGCUUAGUAGUUCUUGGUGAUAUAAACGGAUCAUUAUCUUACACGCCCCUUAAUGAUAGCAGUACACAAACCGCCACCGCGUUUUCAUGGACGCCAGGUAAUCAUUCUUAUUUUAUUGCUGGACCUUCCGAAUUAAUCCAGUUUAAAGAUAGUAAAAAAUUACGCUCUUUUACAUAUCCACCUCUUCAAGACCAAAAAGUCAUCUCUAUCAAUGCAGUUGAUGAAAACUUGGUGCAAGUGGUCUUUACCGGAAGUAAUGAGGUUUCUGUUUUUUUGGUUAAAAUUAAUGACGAUGGAUUUACAUGGGAGAGUGCAGAAGUCGGAAACUGUUAUGGAGAUUUUGAACGUACUCCUUGCUGGUAUGGAGUCGUUAUGCGAAACUGGAUUUCCGAUCAAGCUUUUGCGCUAAACCACCCAAACAAGGCAAGCAAAUAUGUUUUUAUUGUCGCAUCCGCACAAUCAGCGGACGUUGAAAUAUUCAAUGAAAAUGAGGUUUUAUGUGCAGAAGAAGAUUAUCAAAAAGCCGCUUUGGAUUUUUGCGACGAUGGGGAACUUUCGCCUUUGGGUGUAGCUCUUGACUUUUCUUCUACAAAAAAGAUUGAAGACGCUUAUGCCGGAAUGGAGGAAUCUUAUGAACCUCUUCCUAUUUUGUGGCUGCUUGACAAUCGGGGGAUGAUUUAUCUUUGGCAUAUAGUUAACAAGCCCGCGAUUGUUGAAAAGGCAAUGUCACUUAAUGGACUCUUACAAAGCUAUAAAAAAGAAUUUUAUAUUGAGCCAGGGACAGAGUCUAAUGAGCCUUUUGAGCAAGCUAAGAAUGAGAAACCAGAAGAAGAAAGUAAACACAUUCAAUUACCUAAUGAUUUAUCAUUUAAAAAAGAAGUACCUUCUAUUGAGGAUGAUUUAAACAAGGAUGAAUUAUUAAAAUCUGCUACAUCACCGUUACAUGACAAAGAACCUGAACCAUCUAGUUCAUCAGUUGAUAAAUUUUCAACACCAACAUUAACACCAUCAGCAUUUGCAAAUCCAACUUUAUUCAAUAAUACCAGUGGAACAUCUUCUAUUGGCUCAAUCAAUCAAACCCCUAUAUCAUCUAGCCCCUUUGUGUCUAAAUCACCUGUUGAGCCACCUGUUGAGCCUACCCCAGAGGUUGUUUAUGGGACAGCAAUUUCUACAUCCAGCCCUUUUCAAAAACCGAAAAUAGGUUCAGAUACAAGCGGGAAAGGUACUGAGACUUUGCAAAAGCUUUCAAGCUCUUCACCAUCAAACCCAUUUUCUCUUUCAAAUAACUUGCCUGUUUCUAAUCCGUUUCAAUCCCCUUCUUUUACUGACGCUAUAAAACCCUCGAUUCCAUCAACUUCUAAUGACAAAGUGGUAGGAUCUUUGGAUUUGUCUGGGCUUGCAGCUUCUAUCUCAGGAAUUCAAUCAAAUUCUCAUUUUGAUGACAGCGAUGAUGAUAUUUCAUCAGAAGAAUCGUCCAUAAAUUCAUCUUUUGAUUCGGAAAUUGACCAGCCCAAAUCCCUGACGUCUAAAUGGGGAAAUAUUGGUGUAAAGUCAGAUGAAAGGCCGUUAGAAACAAAUUUCACCAAGAAAGAGAAUGCCAAGGAUGAAGAGUCGGAAGCGUUAUUUGAAACCCCCCAUUUAAACGAUUUCACUGUAUCAUCAGAGUUAAAUGAAGGGUCUUCUGAAAAGGGUUCUCCCUUGUUUCAAGAUUCGGACCAAAUUAAUAAGGAUGACUUGGAUCGAGUGUCUGAGAUGAGCAGCUUUUGUGAAGUUAACGAGCCUGGCUCGAGUUCUGAAAAGAGUGAUUCCGUUGAACCUAAUCCAGAAUCCGAAUCAGAGUUUAAAUUUUCUACUAAUUCUGAAACUGUGGAUUCUAAGAGAAUUGCAAAGUCUUCUGUCGAAACUGAAAAUAUUGAAAAUAUUGAAAACCCUCAUAUAUCAGAAAAAACUGAAACUCCAGUGGAAUUUGAAAAAACCGAAAAUUUUGAGGAAAUUCAACCUUCUGAACUUGAUGACAAAUCUGAAGAUGUUAAGUCAAAAGAGCCCGAAAAGACCGAGCCAGAAGAACCUAAAGAGCCACCUAAAUUGUUUACAGAAAAGUCUGUUGGACCCAGCAUGCCACCGUCUCCUGAACUCCCCCCUGUUGUUACUGUUGAUGCAGAGCUUCAGACAGAGGAGCCUCAACCUGAUGUUGACGUCUCCGAUUGUUGCUUUGAUUCGGAUGAUUCGGAUGAUUUGGAUACAGAUGACGACUUAAUAGCUCCAAUAAACUUGGAUCUGUUACCAAUAUACAUUUCUCUGGAUGGGCUCCAAGAUAUUGUUCCUUCGUUAAAAUCAGUUUCAUCAUAUGAAGAAGCUGAGAUUUUGGGAAUCUUUAACCAAAUUAAUUAUCAGUUACGUAUUCUCGCUGUAAACAGUAAGAGACUGGAUGGGUAUAUUGAUUCUAACAGAACCGAGGACUUUGAAGAAGAUUAUGAAGAAGAUUCAGAGAAUUACAGUGAAUCUGAAAGCGAAACAACUGAUGAAAGCGGGCUUGAAAACAGUCUUGAAAAGAAAAAAAUUUGGCCAGACCCUUCUGAAUGGACCCUUGAACAAAGUAGGUAUCUCGUUGAUGCUACCAAGGAUGCAAUAUACGCUGUAAGACAGGUUUCUAUUUAUCAGGAUAUCAACAUUAAGGAUCUUUUACAGGAUACACAAGAAACCGGUCGACGAGUAUUUAGUGUUGGACUUGAGCUCCAAAGUCAUGUGCAAACCGAGUGUGUGAUUUCACAAGGACGGGCAUUACCUUUACAUGCGUCGGAAAUGCAGCGAAAGUUACGGUUGGCCGUACAAGAGCUUAAAACAUCGCUCAACAAGGUGGAAAGCAGUAUUGUUGGGAUGAAGGCGAGUGGUGGGUAUGGGCAAGUAAGUGCAAGUAACCUGAGGCAACAGCUAAAUGUUGUAGCACGGUGUGCACGCGACCGAGCGGCAACUGUUGCUCGCCUUGUUGAAUGGUACUACAACCAUGGCCAAGAGAAGGAAGAGUACGGAGACGGACGCUCACAACUAGCAAUUGCGCCUGCGGAAGCAGUAAAUGCUGAAAUGCUCAUGCUACAAAACAGACAAACAGCACCUGGAGAAGAAGGCGCUGGCGCUUUGCGAGUGUUACGUCACGCUCUGACUGGAAGUCGUCUUGAUGCACUUUCUCGCCUGGGAACCACGGCAGAUGUUAUUGGUGUUCAACGGCGCAUGGCUUCGCGAUUGGCACUGAGUAAUGUACUUCAGGCUCGGUCUGUAGAUUCGUUGUACAAUAAGCGACCACAGGAAGUUCGUGGUUUAUGCCUGUAA